GCCGGGCGAUGCCGCGGGCCGCCCUGCGCUGCUGCCGGGGCCGCGGGCGCUGCSAGAGCCCCGCGCGGCGCUGCCACUGACAGCGGGGCUGCCACCGCCGCCGCGCCGCCGACUUUCCCCUCUUUGUGUUUAUUCUGCCGCUCUCGAGGUACCGCUAUCCUCCUCCCCAGGCACCGCGGGCAGGUCCUGGCUCACUCUUGGAUUUUUUUCUUUUUUUUGCUCUCCCGGCUCGAUUGCCUGUCUGAGAGUAUAUUUGUUUUUAAUAAAAGAAAAAGUCAAUCCGGUUCGUAUCACAUUCCCCGUUCCGUGGAGUCCGGUUUAUUUCUGCGGUUAARAAAAAGUUGACUCCCCCUCCUCCAGUUUUAUUGACAUUGAGGAUGAAGAAGGAUUUGCAAAUGAAAGCGCCUUGAAAUACAGCAUCUUUUGGAGAGAGCUCUGCAGUUCUCCAGCCCGUUAAAUCUCGAAUUCCACCCUUUGCCCCUGCUGAAUCCACUGUUCUGCCCUUUACUCUCCGGGGUAAAAAACCAAACAACAACAACAAAAACCCGAGGGGAGAAAGAAUACCUUUGGCAGCAGGGAAGCUUUGUGUGACUGACCCAACGAGCCACAAGUGUCCAGUUUCUGAAAAGAAGAAAACCCUUUUGUCUUCAGCAGAUCAGUAGAAUUAUUUCGGGAGCGAGGAGAGUAUCAAGUGAUCUGGCCCGCUGAAGAGGAGCCUGAAGCCAUCUCUGAGUGGAGAUUUUGGAUUUGGGAGAGGAAGGCUGAGUGAAUCCCCCCAUGUGGCAGAACUGCUCCUCCUUACCAGGCAACUCCAAGUGAAGGACAAAGAUCAGACAACUCUUUUUUCUCCCCUUGCAUUUGCAUGCAUUCCGCUGAGGAUAUUUAGAUGUGCGAGGAUUUGGUUGCCUUUGUAUAGCAGGAAGUUCCUGAGUCCUGGCUUGUGCCGUGCCUGGGGUUUUCUGCAGCAGGGAGAAGAGGUGCUGAUCUCACUCCGGGCAUUUCAUAACCCUGAAAACCUGCUGGCUGACUAGGUCAAGGGCAGCUUUUACAUUCCACCCCAAAGGCACCACGGUUUGAGAUGAGGAAUUCAGAAGAGCAAGCAGCUACGACAGUUUUACAGCGCCUGCUGCAGGAGCAGCUCCGAUACGGGAACCCCAAUGACAACCGCAACCUCCUCGCCUUACACCAGCAAGCCACGGGCAAUGCCCCCCCUUUCGGCARCGCCGGCAGCCCGGCCCCUCCGAACGAAGGGCUGAGCUCGCAGGACCACCAGCUCGUAACUCAUGCUGCCCGCCAGGAGCCCCAGGGCCAGGAGAUACAGGUGGACAACAGCAUCAUGGAGAAGCAGCUGUCGCCGCGGCUGCAGGCCGGCGAGGACCUGCCGACCUACGAGGAGGCCAAGGUGCAGUCGCAGUAUUUCCGGGGCCAGCCGCACGCCAGCGUCGGGGCCGCCUUCUACGUCACGGGCGUCACCAACCAGAAGAUGAGGACCGAGGGGCGGCCCACGGUGCAGCGGGUGAGCCCGGGGAAGGUGCACCAGGACGAGGGGCUCAAGGACCUCAAGCAAGGCCACGUGCGCUCGCUGAGCGAGAGGCUGAUGCAGCUGUCGCUGGCCACCAGCGGCGUCAAGGCCCACGCGCCCGUCACCAGCGCGCCGCUGUCCCCAAUGUCRCCCCUCUCUCCCCAGCAGUCCAGCGACCCUUACAAAAGUUCUGGCUCCAACGAGUUCUACAAGAACUCGGUGCAGCCCCCYGCCCAGCCCGGCAUGAAAGGAAUGGAACAGCGGGGGCCUCCCCCGGAGUAUCCCUACAAAAACGUGUCCACCCCGUCUAUGAACUGCAAACCUCAGGACUCGGGACAUUUCUAUAGUGACCAUCGCAUGAGCCAGCAGGGAAGAGCUGAUGGGCCCAUGAUGAGGUAUCAGCAUCCCCCUGAGUAUGGGUCAGUCAGGCAGAACCCAGAUGUGCAGCUGCARUUACAACAAAGACCACCUCACCACCACAGCCCAACUUCUUCCYUGACAUCCCUGGGAUCUUUGACUUUGCUCCAGUCUCCACCACCCUCCAGGCUGUCCCCUUCCCAGCACCAGCAGCCCCUGACUCCCAGCCAGGCAGAUCCUGGCAUUGUGCCGCGGACCCAGCAGCCUUUCUUGUCCAACCCAGUCCAUCAGGGAGAUCUGUACCGACUAUGCCAGCCCUUCCUAGGCCCGCAGCAGCAGCAAAGCGACUCCUACUCCGUGAUGCCCCGGGCCCAGCAGAUCCCUUCCCCCUACCAGCAGAUGCAAGUAGAUCCUUUUGCCAUCGUCUCCAGGGCCCAGCAAAUGGUGGAAAUCCUGUCGGAGGAGAACCGCUCCCUGCGACAGGAGCUGGAUGGGUGCUAUGAGAAAGUGGCCCGGCUGCAGAAGCUGGAAACAGAAAUUCAACAAGUUUCAGAGGCGUACAAAAACCUGGAGAAAUCAUCCUCUAAGCGGGAUGCCCUGGAGAAGGCCAUGAGAAACAAACUGGAAGGAGAAAUUCGAAGGCUUCAUGAUUUCAACAGGGAUCUGAGAGAACGCAUGGAGACAGCCAACAAGCAGCUGGCGGAGAAGGAGUUUGAGGGGUCUGAAGACAAUCGGAAAACCAUCUCUCAGCUCUUUGCACAAAACAAGGAAACACAGCGGGAAAAAGAGAAACUGGAAAUAGAAUUGGCUGCUGCACGCUCCACCAACGAGGACCAGCGGAGACACAUYGAGAUCCGAGACCAGGCCCUGAACAAUGCUCAGGCCAAGGUGGUGAAACUGGAGGAGGAGCUGAAAAAGAAGCAGGUCUACGUGGAGAAGGUGGAGAAGAUGCAGCAGGCCUUGGUUCAGCUGCAGGCAGCGUGUGAGAAGAGGGAGCAGCUGGAGCACCGGCUGCGCACCCGGCUGGAGCGCGAGCUGGAAUCGCUCCGCAUGCAGCAGCGUCAGGGCACGUCUCAGGCUGCCAACGUGUCCGAGUACAACGCCACAGCACUGAUGGAGCUCCUGCGGGAGAAGGAGGAGAGGAUCCUUGCUCUGGAAGCUGACAUGACCAARUGGGAACAGAAAUACCUGGAGGAAAGUGUGAUGAGACAGUUUGCUUUGGAUGCAGCUGCCACCGUGGCUGCUCAGAGGGACACAACGGUGAUCAGCCACUCGCCCAACCCCAGCUACGACACMUCGCUGGAAGCUCGCAUCCAGAAGGAGGAGGAGGAGAUCCUGCUGGCCAACAGGAGAUGUCUCGACAUGGAGGGAAGGAUUAAGACCCUGCAYGCUCAGAUCAUCGAGAAGGAUGCCAUGAUCAAGGUGCUGCAGCAGCGUUCCCGCAAGGAGCCCGGCAAGACAGAGCAGCUCUCCUCCAUGAGACCAGCCAAGUCCCUCAUGUCCAUCUCCAAYGCUGGCUCGGGCUUGCUGUCCCACUCCUCAACGCUGAGCAGCACCCCCAUCCUGGAGGAGAAGAGGGAGGACAAGAGCUGGAAGGGCAGCUUGGGUGUCCUGCUGGGAACGGAAUAUCGCUCGGAAUCCAUCCCCUCCACGCCAUCUCCUGUCCUGCCCUCCACGCCCUUGCUGUCAGCCCACUCCAAGACAGGCAGCAGAGACUGCAGCACCCAGACAGACCGGGGCAGUGAGCAGGGCAAAGCUGCUCCUUCCCCUGCAGCUCCCACCCCAGCACGACUCCCCAGCACCAACCUGACCUACAGUGCAGAGAAAACAGAUGGGCCACUCUUCCACUCCAGCACUCUUGAAAGAAAAGCCCCUGUUCAGACUGUGGGGCAGGACCUCCCAGAUGGAGAAAUGGUAGAAUACCUCAUCUGAAAGGCUGUGCCAGGAGCUGAGCUGGGAUAACAGUAGCAAGAAAUUUUUAAAAGACAUUUUUAUUGGGAAAAAAGAAAAUGUAGUACCUGAGUAAUAAAAGAACACUCAGCUGUUUGCUCUUGUAUAUUAUGUCUCAAAAGUUUGGACAGGUUAAUUUAUAAUUUGUUCUAAAUUAUAAAAAACCCGUAACACUUGUUCUUGGAAAGUUUCCCCCUUUAUUUUUUGAAUACUGGAUCUGGUAACAUCUGGAGAAAAAAACUAGAACUUAGGUGCACUACAUCUGAUAUUUCAUUUCAGUGUUUUUAAAGUCUCUGAAACAGAAGUACCUGCUCUCACAGGUGCUGAUUACAUGUCUAGCCUGAAUGUAGUAAGGUGAGCUCAAUGGCCUUAAAAUGAUGAGAACCAGGGACUGUUGUGAGCAUCACUUCAUGGUUGUAGGAUACAGGUGUUCUGGGAAGCUUUUAUAAAUCUGAGCUGUGAUCAAGGGAGAUUUCCCUUUCACUUCCUCUUUACUCUCAGUGUAACAACUCAGAAUAGGUAUUUCAUACUUAUAGGCUGAAAAGAUUUCCAUUUUCAGUGUGGUAACAUUUUUUUUUACUUCCCAAAUUUCUUUAUUAUUUCUUUAUUAAAACAAAUUACUCCGGUGAUUAAUGUCGCAUUUCAUAUUUGUAGUUCCUUUUGCAAGAUUUGCCAGACUUUUAUACUUAAGUACUUUUUCAAUAAUUUGUACAGUGGAUAGUAAAUAAUAUAUUGCAUUCAUGUUUUACAUAAAUUAAUAAGAAGAUUUUACAGGCCCAGCCCUGAUCUGUUAGAUCAAUUUUCUGACUUUGUAAUUCCAUUGGCUUUAGUGAAACUACUCCAAAUUUACCAUAGUGCAAGUGGGAAGCCCUGUUGCUUUUCAGUGUUAGCAGCUUAAUCUACUGCAUCUGUGGAGAUCUUUUCUCUGUGGCAGACUUUUUCUAUAUUUCAAAUGCCUUUCAACUUUGUAUGUCCCUCCUUUCUGGAGAGAAUGGAUUCUUUUUCACAGAGCAAAGCCUCAGAGGUAGAGCUUYCAAGAGAAGCUCCGUGCAAAGGUUCAGAUGGCAGAUUCUCUCCUUUCAAAAUAGUUCUUUAAUUCAUCUGAGUGGAGAGAGCAGCUUAAAGAAAGUCCCAGAGGCAUUACAGAAGAAAGUUACAUAUUUAAGUCAUGAGGUUCACUUCCAGAUUUUUGGGAACUGGCACAGAUGCAGCAGUGCUUUGGUUACAGAAACUAUAAGGAGAUAUUAAGACCAAUAGAAGUACAUGAGUAUUUUUUUGUUACUGUCUUUGCAUUUUAUUAAAACACUUCAAUAUUAAUUUCUGUUAAAAACUACUUUUUUGUACUUGAAUGUUAAAAUAUUUAAUUAGCCAGUGGUCACACUCUGGGAACCUGGCUAGUCUCAGCUUUCUGUGCAGCAUUAGAGCAGCAAAAUUCUCAUUUCAGAUCGUUUCACCCCAGAAACAAGGAAAGCCAGCAUUAAUUAAUUUUAAAAUGAAUUAUCACAGAGUUAGUGAAUGUCUUUAAUUCGUGGUUGUGGUGUUCAACUGAAAUGGCCUUAUCAGACCUGCAGGGAUCCCAGGAGUCUCACAGAGGAGGGUUGGGACGGGAGAGGAGGUGGUGCCUCUCUCUGCACUGGUGGUGCCUCAAGGUCAGCCCCGAGUUUUCCUUCCAAUGAUAAUCACUUAAAGUCCAAGGAAAACACUUGCCGUGGUUUUCAGCAGGUUGGCUGCAGGUUCCAGGGUUCUCCAUGCCAURUUCCCAGUCCUGCAGAAAGCAGGAAUGGCAAAGUGUGUGGGGCAGGAGCUGCGCUGGGUCAGCCCAGCCUGGCCAAAGCCCUUCCUUCCUUCAGCCCCCCUGGGACAUGCAGGGCUGCAGUGCAGGGCUGUGCCUCGGGGGACAAAGGCUUCCAGAAAUUCCUCACCUUCCUUCCCUCUGGAGCAUUCCCCAUCCUUCCUAGGCACACUGUCACAGCCCUUCUCACCACUGAGAACAUCUUGCCUUUAUUUCUCUUAGCUCAAUUCCAUCCCAUUUCAUGAAGUAAUGCCGCCCACCCUGGAAGAUUGGAAGAGAUUUCUCUUCCUCCUCCACAGUUGUUGAAAAUGCAGGAGAAGCUUUUCUCGUUAGCUUAAGGUGUCCAUCUUUUUUUGCCAUUUCAGCAUAAGUAUCUAUAUUAUAUUUUGUGGGUUUGGCUUAAAAUGAUCAACCAGGGAGAUCAAAUGCCAUUGAGUGUCUGUGUGAAGGGGGGGAGAAAUGUUUGAAUGCUUUUCUCUUCUUUUAGAGUCAGUAAAAGUUAUAUUCCAUCUUUUCAAAUACUUCUCAGCAGCUGGAAAGAAGUUUUAUAACMGUAGGGCUCCAGAUAAAUGGUUACAACUCACUUGAUUCACAUUCAUUCUGAAAUGUCUGGGAAAACUUGGAUCUUUUACAGAUAAAAUCUUUCAGAAAACUGAUUUUGCCCAAUCAGUAUUGGCUGUUCAGGUGAAAAUAAUUAGUUUAUCCUCCUUGCAGCUCACUGUUUUCUAAUGGAAUGCCAGGGUAAUUUAAUUUUACAAAUCAAAAAGGACAUAAUAGCUUUCUGUGAAUAAAAUACAGCAACUGUCUCCUUCAGARAUGGAAACCAGGCUGUUUCUGACAACCUGAACCAUCAGGAUUGCAGGAGCUUGGCACUUCCUUGGCAAUGGAAGUAAUUUUGGAAGAAGAUGAUGCAGUUUGGCAUUGCUUAGGUCAGGCUCUUUGCCCUAUUUUGUAAUUUUGAUUUCUUAAAAAAAAAAAAAAAAAGCAAAAACCCCAAAAAAUUGAUGUGGAAGUUGGAGGUCAUUUUCCUGUGCUGACAAGCUUGGGAGCCAUCAGGAAUGUAUCCUUGCCCUGGAGCUUCCUCAGAGCCAUCCUGGUGUGAAUGUAAACGAGCUGCUUGCUUUGAGGAGCGUGUGUCCCAUAGUCCUCGGCCUCUGUACAGAUUUUUAUUGUGUUUUUAAACAGAAACUGCUUUAAGGAGACAAACUGCACACCUAGUCCCUUUGCCCUCUGUAGAGCUUAUUUCUAGUAGAAAGUGGUUUUUAACAGUGAUUGCAACGACCUUUGCAAACCAAAAUUUUAGACUAAGAGUUUUUCUUAAACUCGGGUAUUAGGAGCAGAAUUGUAGCUUUUCUAAAGAAAGCCACAUAUUCUUCUUUGUAGAGCAAAACAAGAAAUUGAAGUUUAGUUAUUUUUCCUCUUUCUUUUCACUGCUUACAGAGUGGCCAAACUCCCAAGUCCUUCCCCUGGGCAGUUCCUCUGUGGUUUGUCUGCUUGGGGAACUGCCUGAGAUUCUGAGCCUUCUGUUCCCACCUGGCCCAGUGUUGUUAUUAAAUGAAACAGCUCCUCCCUGGCAGCUCCUGGUGGCUCUGGAGCAGGGAUUUURGGUCUGAGGACUGCAGGGGUGUGUGAGCUGCUCCUCAGAGUCACGCUGRGGUCACCAGGAGCGGUGGGGCUGCRGUUCUGCCCGUGGGGUCUGUGCUGUUUGCUGAAAGCUGGCCAUUGGCUUGGCUUCAUUUUUGGGGCUGCCUGAAUUGGGGGGACCUGCAGAGUUUGAGGUCAGACCCAUUUCCAAGGACACCUCCUGCUCCAGGAGCCCCUGGAGCUGUGGGACACCCGUGGGGACCCGGCCGGACCGAGCGCUCUUCCCACUGAGACAAACCCAGAGCAGGCAGAGCAGGAAAACCCUGGGAUAGCCAGGCAGCAAAACCCUGGGAUAGCCAGGCAGGAAAACCCUGGGAUAGCCAGGCUUCUUCCCUAGGGCUGGCACAGGUUAUCCUGGGAUUCACUGUGCUGCCAGCAGCUUUGCUCCGUGCCAGGGCUGGGGACGGGGCGCUCUGGGGAGGGGGGAUCUCUCUUUUCAUGUAUUUGUAUAGGAACUCUUUUGUAAAAGUUAGUGUUUUUAUGUCUAGGAAGUAAAAAGACAUUGUAAAAUGUAAUUGUACUGUAUUUAUGAAGAAAAUACAUUUCUUUUCAAAAAUA